AUGCCCAGUGACAAUCGAGUUAUUUGUAUCUGCGGAAGAAGAGCGAACGCAGCUCUCAUACAUCUAUUAGUCGCCAAAAUUUGCCGAAAGACUCACCGACUUGGACUUGUAGGAGAGAAGAUGGAUAGACACAGUCCUUGCAUAACACGCACCAGAGACACUGUGUGGAAUCGAUGGCAAUAG